AUGGCGAGUGCGCUUGCAGCUGCUGGUCAUAGGGACGCAAUUAGCAACUGGACUGUGGGAAACCAAGUUGCCUUCCGAACACAGAGUGGCGAGGAGGUGUCAGGCUGCGUGUUCGCGUUUGAUCGUCAAACCAACCUACUGGUCAUCAAGGAGAAUGGAUCGCACUCUGGAGUAUCUAAUCUUCGCUUAGUAAAGGCCACCAGUGUUCGUGAAGUCUUGUCCUCAGUUCAGCCUGAGAAACCUUUCGAUCUGGAACUACCGCAUGUGGACUUGGAGCGGUGCAGAAAGCGCGAGGAGAAGGCGUUGCAGCAAGCUGAGAUGGAAUCAGCGCGGGUAGGGCACGGCGUCACGAAAGAGGCGCAGGCGAUUUUCGAUGCGCUUGUGAAGACCAUGCCCUGCGUCUGGCGGAACAAGGUUAUCGUUGUGCUGGACUCCGUCUACGUGGAGGAGCCGUACACCCCAGACACGUGCCGGUCCGAUAACGAGCAUGCGGCCACCCGUGAACGCGUGAAGAUGGUCCUGCGAUUGGAGAGGGAGCGGCUCGGCUUGUGA